AUGCUUAACAAUGUUAAAAUAGGACUAGGGCUUUUGAAUAUUAGGUCAAUUUUGUCGAAAUAUGAUAACGUGUAUGAGGUAAUUUGCGAUGGUUUGGAUAUCUUAGUUUUGACUGAAACAUGGCAUGGGUCUAGUAAUGAAAUUGCUGUUAGGCGGACAAUGCCACCAGGUUAUAAUUUUGUGGAUUUUGUCAGACCUCAUGAUCCAUUUCAUGGUGGAUUAAUAAUUUAUUUUAAAAGAUGUUUUAAUUUUAAACUCAUCAGAUUACCUGUGUUAAAGACUUUUGAGACAUUAGACAUUAAAUUAAAAAUAAAUGGAACUCAUAUUGUUUUAUUGGCUGUUUAUAGACCAGGAUCGGCUUUAAUUUCAUCUUUAUUCUUUCAGGAACUUGUUGCUGUUUUAGAGAUACUAUCCUUGCUUAGUAACAAUGUUGUCUUAGCUGGUGAUUUUAAUGUGCAUGUAGAGAAACACAUGGAUCCUCACAGUGUGUCAUUAUGUGAGAUUUUUGGUAAUUUUAAUCUUGUUAAUAGAAUAAAUGAACCAACGCAUGAAUUAGGAGGUGUGUUAGACCUGAUUAUCACUUCUAUGUCUUUUCCAGUUUUCGAUAUUAGAGUUCUGCCUCCGGGAGUUUUCUCUGAUCAUGGUUUGGUUCAGGCAUGUUUAUCAAUUGAUCAAGUUAUAAGAAUGAAAAAGAAAGGAUGGUUCGAUCUUGGAAAAACAUGA